AUGGGAAGCCAAAUCGAACCAGCAAAUGCAGCAAGACUGCAUGGAGAUAAAUAUUUCUUCUAUAAUUGUAGUUUUUUGGGUUAUCAAGAUACUUUAUAUGAUCAAUAUGGACGUCAUUACUUCAAAGAUUGUUAUAUUGAAGGUGAAGUGGACUUUAUAUAUGGCAGUGGACAAUCUUACUAUGAGAACUGUAGGAUAAAUGUAUUGGGAAGAUUUGCAGAUUCUGCAGGGUUUGUGACAGCUCAGGGACGAAGUUCAUCAGAUGAUCCAGAUGGUUUUGUAUUUGAAGGAGGCUUCCUUGGUGGGAAUGGUAAAGUGAAUUUAGGAAGAGCAUGGCAACCCUAUUCAAGAGUCAUAUUUCAUAAAACAUAUUUUUCUGACAUUGUAACUCCUCAUGGAUGGAGUGCUUGGCAUUAUGCAGGAAAUGAGAGUGGAAUCACUUAUGUUGAAGUUGAUUGUGGAGGACCAGGAGCUGAUACCUCAAAUCGUGUUUCAUGGAUGAAAAGCCUAAAUACUUCAGAAAUAGAACAAUUUUCUUUAUCAUCUUUUAUUAAUAAGGAUGGAUGGGUUGACAACUUACCAAUAGAAUCCUCCUAA